AUGGGGCAAGGACAGCAGGAAGGAAGAGCAGAUAACCCAGAAGGUUGUAUUUAUUUAGUUCGGGUUGUAUAUGCUUAUACAUUCACGUUAGUGUAUGCAACAACAAUUAACAAUUCCUGCAAAUGGCACAGAAAUGGCAUCAAGAAACCCUGGUCCAAAAGAUACAAAUCUCUUAAGGGGGAUGACCCCAAGUUCCUGAGGAACAUGCGCUUUUCCAAGAAGCACAGUAGGAAAGACCUGAAGAAGAUGCAGGCCAACAAUGCAAAGGCAGUGAGUGCGCGCGGAGAGGCCGUCAAGGCCCUUGUGAAGCCUAAGGCUGUCAAGCCCAAGAUGACAAAGGGCCCCAGCCGCAAACUCAGCCGCCUGGCUUUCAUCACUCACCCCAAGCUUGGGAAGUGGAUUCGAAGCUACAUGGCCAAGGGGCGUAGACUCUGCCAACCAAAGCCCAGAGUUCAAACCAAGGCCACAGCUCUAGCUUGGGCUCCCUAA